AUGAACAGCACAAAGAAUAAUUUAAGGAUACUUGUCACCGGAGGCGCCGGGUUUCUCGGGUCCAAUUUGAUUGACUUGCUGCUAGAAAAGGGCCAUGAAGUCAUCGGACUCGACACUUUUGAGACAGGUUCUCCAAAAAAUCUAAGCCAUCUCGAGAAUCAUCCUAAAUUCACUCUGAUGAACCUACCCAAAUCAGAGGUUUAUGGAGACCCUCUUGUCCACCCUCAACCAGAGGAAUACUGGGGAAAUGUCAACCCCUUCGGUCCACGCUCAUGCUACGAUGAAGGGAAACGAGUCGCAGAAGCCCUGUGUUUUGCUUAUCGCGAGCAACAUGGAGUUGAUAUUCGCAUUGCACGCAUUUUCAAUACAUACGGGCCCCGCAUGAGCAGCAGCGACGGACGGGUGGUAUCAAACUUUAUUGCUGCAGCGUUGGCAGGCGAAGACUUGAAAAUCAAUGGAGACGGCUCCGCUACUCGGUCAUUUCAAUUUGUCACUGAUUGCCUCGCCGGACUUUACUCCUUGAUGAACAGUGAUUACGCCGAGGGCCCGGUGAAUAUUGGGAAUGAGGGGGAAUUCACGAUUCAGCAACUGGCUGAGAUUGUUAACGAGCUUGUUUCGGAGAUCACGGGGCAGGCUCAGGUGCGAAUUACCUAUCAUGCAAAGGUUGCAGAUGAUCCCACUUUGCGUCGGCCACAGACAUCGCUGGCUGAGAGUGUGCUACACUGGGCGCCGACGGUUCAGUUGAGGGAGGGGUUGCGAAAGACGAUUGAGUGGCAUAUUAGUCAAGGCAAGGUCAAGGGCAGUGGCUGA